AUGGGGGCCGGUGGUCCCUCUGGCCGGCCUGGGCCGGCCCCUGAUGGCGGCUGGGGCUGGGCUGUGCUGCUUGGCUGCUUCGUGGUAACGGGCUUCUCCUACGCCUUCCCUAAGGCAGUCAGCGUGUACUUCAAGGCUCUCAUGAAGGACUUCCGCGUGGGCUACAGCGACACGGCCUGGAUUUCUUCCAUCAUGCUGGCCAUGCUCUAUGGCACAGGGCCCGUGUCUAGCAUCCUGGUAAAUCAGUUUGGCUGCCGCCCUGUGAUGCUGGCAGGGGGCCUGUUGGCUUCCUCUGGGAUGAUCCUGGCCUCCUUCACCACCAGUCUUGUGCAGCUGUAUCUCACAGCCGGCGUGCUCACAGGUCUGGGCAUGGCCCUCAACUUCCAACCUUCACUCAUCAUGUUGGGCUUGUACUUUGACCGCCGGCGGCCCCUGGCCAAUGGACUGGCGGCAGCGGGCAGCCCCGUCUUCCUGUCUGCCCUGUCUCCUCUGGGCCAGAUCCUGCUGGAACACUUUGGCUGGCGGGGGGGCUUCCUGCUCAUGGGGGGGCUACUUCUCAACUGCUGCACCUGCGGAGCCGUCAUGAGGCCCCUGGCCGGGGGUCCGGGAGCCGGGGGCGGGGCCGGGCCCGAGGAGGAGGCCAGGGAGAUGCUGCCUCUGGAGCAGGGAAAGAAGAAGCCAGCGGGGAGCCCCGGGGGGCAGCAGCGGCGCCGGCGCCGCAAGAAGCGGCUCCUGGACUUUUCCGUCUUCAAGGACCGGGGCUUCGUGGUGUAUGCCAUCGCCAAGUUCAUCCUGGUGUUGGGGCUCUUUGUGCCAACCAUCAUGCUGGUCAACUACGCCAAGGACUCGGGAGUGCCCGACGCCGACGCCGCUUUCCUCCUGUCAGUGAUCGGCUUCGUGGACAUCGUGGCCCGGCCGGCCUGUGGGGCCCUGGCUGGGCUCAGCAGGGUCCGGCCCCACGUGACCUAUCUCUUCAGCCUGGCCAUGCUGGCCAACGGGCUAACCGACGUCUGCAGUGCCCGGGCCCGCACCUAUGGCGCCUUGGUGGGCUUCUGCGUAGCCUUUGGCCUUUCUUACGGCAUGGUGGGCGCCCUGCAGUUCGAGGUGCUCAUGUCCACGGUGGGCGCCCAGCGAUUCCCCAGCGCCAUCGGCCUCGUGCUGCUGGUGGAAGCUGUGGCUGUGCUCAUAGGACCCCCCUCAGCCGGCCGCCUGGUGGACGCCCUCAAGAACUACGAAAUUAUCUUCUAUCUGGCUGGUUCUGAGGUGCUCCUGUCUGCUCUGUUCCUCUCGACGGCCACCUACUGCUGUCUGAGGAAGUCUCAAGACCCAGAACAAGCCCCAGAUCCUCCCCCUGGGGCCAAGGACACCGAAGAGACUGAGUAUGAUGGUGACCCUGGCCCCAAUGCUGCCGUUACUGCUGCUGCCCAGCACUCUGAGAACCACGUGGCCCCUGAAGUGGAGCAGGCUGAGGAAGAGGAAGAGGAGGGGGAGGAAGAGAGGAAACCUGUACUGGGAGGCUCUGCAGAGACUCUUGGCAAAGGUGGAUUCUAGCCUCCAUGGUGCAGAGGACAGAGGCUUUGGGAGGGCAGGGAGGGAUGCUUCAGCCAUGGGCUCUCUCUCUCUCUCUCUUUCUCUCUCAUCUUCCCAAGGGCAACCUCAAAGCCUACCUUCUCCUGGGCCUUGCCCCGCUGUGGGCAGAGCAGUGUCAGAGCAGCCCUGCCCAUCAUCAUCCUCCACUCUUGAGGUGGGAGGGGCCUGCCUCUUGAGGGCCGAGUAUCCUCCACGGUGACUAUUUUUGCUGCUCUUUGGAUUCUAGUCAUCUUUGCCAAUGCUCCGAGGGUCCCCUGUCCCUGCCAUUCCGAGAGCCUCUUGAUUUAUGCUUUCUAGCCAGAGCCCCCCCAAAUACCAAUCGGACACUGGUACUAGAAAGACGAACUUGUUCUGGGUGAGUGUUUCCAGGCCUAGCUUAUUGCACAUCCAUGAUGCCCAUCCCAGAUAUCAAUACAUACUGAUGGGCUAACUUAAUGGGCUGCCCAUUCAACUACAAGCCAUAAUUUGGAAUGCAGUUUUCAUCCACUUGGCCCUUCCCACAUGGAUUGCUAGGUUGGUAGAGCUAUAAAAGAUCAGGGGUUGGGGAUGUCCCCUAUUAAUGACAGAAUCAGGGGGGCAUGAGGACAUAUUGUCUAGGGCUACCCUACUCCUCUGCCCACCAAUAAAUCCUAAGCAGCACCUUCUUAGGUCUAGAAGUAGGGUAGCCCUUACUUAGGCUGUUUGCUUAGCCUUAAUGCCCUCCACAGCAGACUGAAAGGGUGUGUGUGUGUGUGGGGGGGGAAGAUAAUCAUUUUCAUUCCAUCCUUCACCUCAUGGUAGAACAUUGAGAGCCAUGAGACCUGUAUUCCUCUCCUGGCCUGACACCAGUGUGAUCUUGGGCAAGAAGCCCUCUACCUCAGGCCUCAGAGGUGAAAGAAACUCCAGUUAAGCUGCUCCAACCCACGGCUGAACAAGAAUCCUCUAAAGGGGACAAAAGCCCUGCUCCACUGCUGCCUGAACCAGAUUAAAAUGGAAUUGGAAAAUAUUUAACAAAAUUAAUAAAAAUCAAUAGAACAUAACAUUAGUAUGGUCUUCUAAGUCAAUAGGCUGCCUGCAGGCAUCCUUAUGCAUGUGGUAGUGGCUGCUUCAACUGGAGUCUGACACCACUGGCCCAACAAAUGGCUGGUCGGCCUCUAGGGAUGGGGAUACAUGCUUGCCAAAAUGGUCGAUGUGUUCUUGGACAGCUCUUACUGGUGAGUUUGCUCUUACAUUAAG